GCAAUUUCAUCAAUAUAAGAAGAAAAUAUCUCAUCAAAGGAAAUUCAUGUGGCUGAUAUGGGUUGUGGAGUGGGCCCAGUACCAUUGGCUUUAGUAUCUUUGGUGGUAGAAAUUAUAGAGAAGAAGUGUAAUGAAUUAAAGUGCAAAGAAGAUCUCCAUCAAGAGCCUACAAUCCAAAUAUACAUGAAUGAUUUACCUUCAAAUGAUUAUAAGUUGUUGUUCAAAGACUUACUAAAUUUGGAAAUUCUGAAAAGAGAUGAAGUUGUUCCCCUGUGCUUGUUCAAGGCUGUUCCUGGCUCUUUUUAUGACACCCUUUUUCCUCUCAACACUUUGCAUUUUGUUCAUUCAAGUUAUGCUCUUCAUUGGUUAUCCCAGGAACCCAUGGAGUUGUACAAUAAGCAAGGGGAAGCAAUAAACAAGGGGAACAUUUAUAUAUCAGAAAAAAGUGAAGAGAAUGUUGCAAAAGCUUACUUGGGUCAAUUCCAAAGAGACUUUACCCAAUUCCUUAAAUGUCGUACUAAAGAAGUUGUAUCCAAAGGCUUCAUGCUCUUGACAACCAGAGGUAGACAAUCUCUUACAAACUCAUCUACUUGGCAGCCUUUUGAGUUGAAUAUCCUUACCAAUGCCAUUACUUGCCUUUUUCAUGAGGGGUUGAUCAAGGAAGAGAGUGUAGACAAAAUGAAUUUCCCAGUAUACAUAGCCAGUGAAGAAGAAAUUGGAAGCAUAAUUAAAAAAGAAGGCUCAUUUGAAAUAAAGUACAGCAACACAACAGUAAAUGAAGUGGGUUCUGAAAUUGUAGACAAAUGGGAAAAAGCACAAUUCUUAGCUAAAUACAUUGGAGCAUUUUCUAAAUCACUCAUUUCUCAUCAUUUUGGACAACAUAUACUCCAUUUAUUGCAUCAUAAACUUGUUUACCAUGCAUUUCAACAUUUACUUCAUGCUUUUCCUACUCAAAAUUGCGCUGUUACUUUUUUACUUCAAAAGCGUUAGUGUAGAUUCAGAACAUGUAUCGCUUUUUCUAAAAGCAGUUUGAAUUUUAUUUUUAAUUAUUUU